ACGGGAUUUGUUAAUUUCGCAUAAACUAAGACAUAUUCACAAAUAAGCGCUCGCCAUUUGUUGGAACGGAACAUAGUCGAUUUAAUAUUCAUGAAGUAUGUCUUGACAGUAGUAGGAUUUCUACUCGGAUAGGAUAACGACAUCACUGCUGUGAUCCGUACAGUGACGCUCAAGUGGGAUUUGACAGCCCGCCGUGGAAUCCUCCGCAGUUUUUACAGGGAAAUACCUACCUGUGGAACAGCAUUAGUUCUUUCAAGAAUUACACAACUAGUGAUACAGAUUGUGACUGUAGCCUGUCUAAUAAAUAUCAACAUCACAUGAACCAUAUAAGUACAAGUACAAAUUUCCAACGAGUUGUCGAAACCAUGUUUAAUAACAAAACAGUAAGGAAAUACAACUUUUAAUUUAUGCAAGGCAUUAUUGUAAUACAUGUAUCCUAAAAAAGUUUCAUAAAUUGGCAUCCGUUUUGCUGUUUUGUAUUACAUGAGCAGUUUCCAGGGAGAACUGCGGAUCCGACAAGCAGAGCAUGUGGGACAACUGGAGAAAGCAAGCAAUUGUCUUCAAAUUGGACCGUUAAAACACAAAUGGCGAAUGGAUUUUAUUUUCUCUUUAUGUAGCACAACCAUUUGUGUGGCAGCACCCUUCAAUCGGCCACAACGCGGUGUAUAAUUUCCUCGUAUCAUUGACAAGAAUGGAAGGGCCGCAGACACCUCUCGUCGCGUUUUGAUGACGCCAUUCGAUGGCACCAAAAACAGUCUCCUCUCAGCUUAUCUCUGAAGAACCUCCAUUGUGGACACUGUAUUUUUGAGAAUUGAAACUAAAACCCGCACGACGUGUUUAAUGUGUCGCCCACGCCAGCCGUUUUUCAGUGCAUCGAGUCGUUUUUAGCCCCUGUCGGUCUCGCCAUGAACCACGAUGAUUUGACUGCAAGUUUUAAUUCAAAAGAACUCCAACAUAAUGUGGCGUCUGUACCUGAUGGACUUUGCUGGGUGUCAGUCCUGUCCUGUUUGCUGCUUGCGUGCUCAUAUGUCGGAAGUUUAUACGUUUGGAAAAGCGAUUUACCAAGGGAUCAUCCUGCAGUGAUAAAGAGGCGCUUUACCAGCGUGCUGAUCGUGUCUGCUCUGUCUCCAGUCUUUGUGUGGGCAUGGAAGGAGUUUACAGGCAUCCAGCCUGGUCCGUCAUUACUAGCCCUUAUGGGAAUCCGGUUGGAGGGACUAAUGCCUGCUGUCAUUCUACCUCUGCUGCUGACUAUGGUGCUUUUUCUGGGUCCCCUGAUCCAGCUAGCCAUGGAUUGCCCCUGGGGCUUUAUUGAUGGGAUAAAAGUCGUUGUUGACCCAUGCUUCUGGGGACUCUGUCUGAGUGACAUGCGUUGGCUAAGGAACCAGGUGGUGGCGCCAUUGACAGAAGAAUUGGUUUUUCGGGCAUGCAUGCUUCCCAUGCUAGUACCUUGUGCUGGCCCCUCCACCUCAAUCUUCACAUGCCCACUCUUCUUUGGUGUUGCUCAUUUUCAUCAUGUAAUUGAGCUCCUGAGGUUUAGGCAGGGCACUGUCUCAGGGAUUUUCCUCUCUGCAGUGUUCCAGUUCUCCUACACAGCAGUAUUUGGAGCAUAUACUGCCUUUAUAUUCAUCAGGACAGGUCAUCUGGUGGGUCCUGUGCUGUGCCACUCUUUCUGUAACUACAUGGGUUUUCCGGCUCUCAGCACGGCCCUAGAUCACCCACAACGCUUCAUGAUUCUCUUCUUCUAUGUGCUGGGGGUCGUUCUCUUCUUCUUCCUCCUAUUCCCCAUAACUGACCCACUCUUUUAUGGUUUGCCUACACCCGUCUGCACUCUGACCUCCACACCUGGCUCUGUCUGCUCUUGAUCCAUCUCUCCACCCACACUGCAUCCUGCAUGUCAUCUAUUCCUUCUGUUCGGUUGUGUCCAGAGCCUACAGCCAUCUGGAAAGGAGUGGCUAUUUUUUCACCAGGAUCUACAAUUGGUAGCACUAGGUGAGCGAGGAAUUGCUAGGGAACAGGUAUGAAAAUUCACAGCCUCCGUGAGGUUAGAACUCAGUGGAUGCAAGACAUCUUCAGGUGGAACUGGCCAUUUAUUUUACCGUAAUGCUUGAUGAAUCUGUGCAGCAGAUGUUGUGUGUCAUCAAUUACAUCAUCUUUAAGCCAGGCCUAAGUUUAAUGAAGACAAGAUUUAUAAUAUAUGUUUAUAUGACAAUAUAUCAGUGUGUUUAUCAUGAAAUUGGUGCUGGAGAAAAUUAUCAGGAGCUAUUACGGGUUUGCUGAAGGUGUAAGUGGAAAUGUGCAUUAACGAAAAAUGCACAACUCCCCAAUUGUCUGUGAGGCCAUUAAGAUCUUACCUGCGUACACCUGUUUUGACCGGUGCCCUUACUUGAAAACGUUCAUGUUGACCACUUUUUACAAACUAUGGAUAUUUUUGCUUUUACCCUUAGUCUUAUUUAGAAAACCCUAAGUAACUUUAAAUGUAAAAAUGUGUCCAUUUAUUAGGUAUGUUGCUGCAGCAAUAGACAUUAGAACAACACAAUUUAAAAUUGUGUCAGAAAAUACAGAAUUACCCCUGGCUCAAGACUUCAUGUUAAAGCCUAGGUAUAAUAAUACCCAUUUGUGUUUCAUUGCAAAAUAUGGGGCCUUUAUUGAAACAUUGGUCAGCCCUGUCUUGGGCAUAAGCUAAUUAAAAACACAGGUUAUUAAGCAAAAGCGAAUACCAGUUAUUUUUGACAUUGCAGUAAUUUGUACAAUGUUAAAGGAUAGUUCACCCAAAAAUGAAUUUUCUCACUUUGUUAUAAACCUUUAUUAAAUUCUUUUUUGAGGAAUGUUUGUAACCGAACCAUUCAUAGCCCCAUUCACUAGUAUGUGUUUUCCUACUAUGAAUGUUAAUGGGGCUUAGGAUUGGUUUGGUUACAAACAUUACUCAAAAUAUUUUCCUUCGUGUUCAUCACAACAAAGAAAAGGGUUGUAACAACAUGAGAGUGAGAAAAUCAGAAUUUUCAUUUUUGGGUGAACUAUCCCUUUAAGAUAUUCAGUGAUGAAAUUUAACCUGUAGUGUGUUUUUCUUUUUUGCUUUCACGGUUUCUGUAGCUCAGCUAGUAAAGUAAAAAUCCAAGGUCAUUGGUCACUAAUUAAAAACUGAUAUGUACCUUGUAUGCACGGAAGUUGGUUUAGAAGGAAAAACUGAUGCAGUUUUUUGAUUCAUAAUUUGGGUAGCAGUGAAGUAUGUUGACAUAAAAAAAUACAAAUUUAUUUAAAAAAGGCAGGAAAUUCCUUAUGUAAAUACAUUGCCACAUAUGAUAUUGCAGAUAUUUUGUCAUUAUUCAUUUAUUUUAAUGAACACGAUUGGUUGUAUCACAUUGCCUGCAUCAACAUUAGAUCAUCUUAUGUACUUGAACUACCUGUACAAGAGAAUUACAAAUUUGAAUACUAAGCUUUUAUAAACCUUCUAUUUUACAGAUGAUAGACUGAGGCUCUCAUGGAUAGUAUUUACUAGAGAGCGUUAGUUAAAAUUGUUCUGCAUGCUGCUACACUUGUUAAUGUUUGGAUGUUGAUCAGCAUAGAAACACACCAAAUACCACUCAUAUACACAAAUUAAUUUAAACUGCUGGGUAUAAUGCUAAAAAAGUUUAUAUGAAUACAUGUGGCUACCCUAGAGUAGAAGUUGCUUGGUACAGAACAUUUAAUGUGAUGUUUAAUUUUUUUAAGGUUCACCCCUUACCAAAUGUGAAAGAAGAGUGUAUGUAAUAUGUAUAUGAGGAGCUAAAAUGCAAAAGCCGCUAAAUGCCACCUCUGUCAAACAUAAGAUAAUGAUAUUGACGGAUUGGUCUUUCUACAUAUAUGGUAUUUACAAGUACUUUUGCAUCGGAGUACUUCAUAUAUAUAUAUGAGUACUUCAUAUAUAUAUAUAUAUAUAUAUAUUUUUUGUAAUAUAUCGGCAUGUCUACAGGUCUGCCGUCACAUUCAUUAUGUGUGGAUUAUGUGUCAAUCAUAUUUUUUUCCCUGUGUUGUAAGAGACCAAGCAAAGUAAACCUUAUAAGCAAUAAUCUCACAUACAUGAUCCAAUCAGGGAUUUCCAUCCAGUGCCACACAGGUUUAUUUUUGUUAAUUUAGUCUUUAUUUUCAAAAAUAAUUUAUUAUUUGACUGUGUACAAAUACAUUAAUUACAUUUACCAACAUUUUAACUGUCAAAGUUCUGAAAGGAAACUGCAGGAAUUUAUUACAAGCUCUUUAAAAAGUAAAACGAUGUUUUGAUGUACCAGUGGCAAGCAUUGAGAAAAGUGUGUUUAGAGUGUGCCAUAUGAGUAUGACUAGUCUGCCAUGUUUACACACGUAUAAUGCUGCAUGUAAUCCCUGAUGAAAAUCCGUUUACUGGCUACAGUGAAUGCUGCUUUAGUUUAGUUCCUUGUGCUUGUUGUAAUUGAAGUCAACAGGGGGCGCCAGAGGACCUUUGUUUAUAUGUGUCUGUUUUAAGUAGUUUAUUAGAAUAUUAGAAUGCAAUUGAGUUGUGUUUUUUCGGAGAAGCUUAAAACCAGUGGUUGCUGUGGUUGAUUACCAGUGUGACUAAAAUGACAUCAUCUACAGGGGGAAUUUUGUAUUAAAUAUGUUUCAGGAGCUUGUCAGAUGUCAGUCCAAUACUGUACAUGUAUCGUAUCCUUAUUUACUUUUCCUGUUAUUUUCUGUGGUCAUGUGCAAUCAUUUGUCUUUGCAGGGCAAUUAUUUAAUACAAGUGACACUCAUUUCCUGUUUCAAAUGUAGAAUAUUCAUUCACACUGGUCUGAAGUUUUUUUUUUUCAAUCCAAACAUGUGCACCUGGAUUGGGUUUACUUCUAGAUGCUCUGAACAUCAUAUUUAUAGUAGGACAGAUUUUCCAAUAUAUUUUUACAAAUGUGAAAAGUAGCUUAUUGCUAUUUUAGCUUAUUGAAACGUCACCAAAAAUAGUAUUUUAAAAAUCGCAGCACAUAUGUUUAUUGAACGGACUGGUUGGUGUUAAUUACACACAGUUCAGCUGUUUAUACUGAGAGCUAUAUUUUAUAAUCAAAUCUAUUUUGGUGACUAAAGUGCACGCAAGUUGUUUUUGACCAACAUGCAAUGCAAUUUUCUGUACUUCAUUAAUGGGCAAAUGUUUUAUGACAAUCUUUUUGGGGGAUCUUUCAGUUGACUCUGCAAAACUGUUUGUUAAUAAAGAUUUUUUUU